UCACUCUCAUCACUCUGUUCAUGUCUCUGGAUCCUCCAAAGAAUGUAUUGGUGUCCAUCAGGCCCGCUAGUGAAAUAGUGGGGUACAGUUCAGUGACUCUGACCUGCAGCAGUGAUGCCAACCCACCUGUGCAGAACUACGCCUGGUUUAAAGAAGGAGGAACCUCACCUGUAGGAUCUGGACAGACAUACAACAUCACCAUCAGCUCUAAUAGCAGCGGCUGGUAUUACUGUGUAGCUCAGAAUGAACACGGGAUGCUGAAAUCAGCUUCCAUAGAUGCCACUUUAAAGGCAGGUCACUUCUACAUUUUGCCUAUAGCUGUUGGAGUCGGCCUCUGUGGGAUUGUACUUCCUCUCUCAAUAGUUUUAUUUAUGAAGAGAGAAAGUUUAAGAAGAGGCAAGAGGCAAAAGAGAAAUAGAGAUGAAUCUGAUUAUGGGAACGCCAGCCUCAAGCCCUGUCCUACCUGUGACACUUCCACAUCCAGCUCUCCUGUGUAUGAGAUACUGCAGACUUAAGGAAACAUCACUAAGAGAAUCAUCACUGAGAAAUUAAACUUGCAGCUGUAUCCCAAUGCAGUCAAAAAGAGUGAGAGAUAUAGAGGGGAAGAGAGAUGGAUGAUCACAUGUAGACAAGAGUGUUUAGUUAAUCAACAGUAAAAAAUGUAAUCAACUGCAAAAA